GAUAAAGACACGAUGCAUGCGCUUGGAAGUACAUCUUAACGCGGGCGCAACGCGGGAUACGGCUGGCGCAAAUACAUAUCUAACGAUCGUUAAACUGCUUCGAAUGAUGAUAGGAGCUCAUCUUGAUCCCAAAAUAUGACGGGCAAUGAAGACGCUGGCUUACCGUCCGGCGCCAGCACGGCGCAUGAUGAGGAGCGCCCACCACCUUUGCCUCCAAGGCAUUCUCAACCAUCGACGCCAAAUGACAGGCCUCGUUUGGCGUCGAAACCAACGACCGCCUUAUCGUCCAUGAACAUCCAGACACUGUCAUUUCCCGACGGUUCUCGCGGUACGUUUUCAACAGCUGUCGAUAGCUCGGCAGCUGACGAUAGCACGGUCCACCCUACAGAUGGCUUUGAUGUCUCUGCCAUGGGGUUUCGUUCCAUCGGUAGUACAAGAAAGCAGGAUACAGACGAGUCUAUGAGUGUCAUGAGUAUGGCUCCUACAUUACGGCCGCCUGGAGACCUUGAGAGUCUGCUUGUCGGAGACAUGGCCAAGAAAAGCCCGGCCUGGAUGCUUCUACGUUCACAGUCCGCCGCCGUACAGCCAUUUGAAACAACCCCACCAGAGCAGACGUCCACGUUCGCUAGCUUUGAGCAAGAAUUUGAGGGUAUCCCAGACGAAUUGGACAGAGAUUGGAACGACGGGGACCGCCUCCAACUCUGGAAAUCUAAAUUAAAACACUACAUGAUACUGUCGUCAGCAGGUAAACCUAUUUACAGUAGACAUGGUGACUUAGGAUUGAUCAACUCCUCAAUGGGAGUGGUUCAGACUAUUAUAUCAUUCUAUGAGGGUGCUAAGAGCCCGCUUCUAGGGUUUACUGCCGGCGAUGCGCGCUUCGUCAUUGUCACAGAAGGUCCCCUCUAUUUCGUAGCUAUUAGUAGACUCGGCGAGAGCGAUUCACAACUAAGAGCCCAGCUUAACGCACUAUAUAUGCAAAUUUUGUCCACACUGACGCUUCCUGUGUUAACUAACAUCUUUGCCAACCGACCCUCUACCGAUCUGCGACGGCCUUUGCAAGGAACAGAAACACUACUGUCCUCACUAGCUGAUAGCUUCACAAGAGGUUCGCCAUCGAUUCUGUUGGGAGCCUUGGAAUGUCUUCGGCUGCGGAAGUCCCAUCGACAUUCCAUUAAUAACGCUUUCCUGAAAGCUAGAGCUGAGCCUCUUCUUUAUGGCUUGAUAGUAGCCGGUGGAAGACUUGUCAGCGUUAUCCGCCCUCGCAGGCAUUCCCUCCAUCCGAGCGACCUGCAGCUUAUUUUUAACAUGUUAUUCGAAUCGGGUGGAAUCAAAGCUGCAGGUGGAGAGAAUUGGAUACCAUUAUGUCUACCAGCCUUCAACAAUCGAGGCUAUCUCUAUAUGUACGUCAGCUUCCUGGACGAUCGCCCAGAAGAAUCUACACCUACAAUAGAUACGCCAAGCGUGGACGAGACAAUUGCCAUCAUUCUCAUCAGCCCCGAUAAAGAAAGCUUCUUCGCCCUCCAGAAAAUGCGGGAUGAUGUCGUAACUGAGCUGAAGAAAAAGGGACACUUGGACCUUAUCAAAGUAACAGCACUGAAAGGUCGCCCCUCGGCAGCAGAGAUCGCCCCCAACACACACAUCAGCCAUUUCUUGUUCAAAUCAAGAGCCAAUGUUCAGUUUUGCAUGCCGGCGCUGCAGCCCACCUUUAGCAGCCUGGUUUCGCAUCGAAGGCUCAUCUCAUUAUAUUCCCAGCUGCACACAAACAUGCAUGCCAGACAUUCACAUCUGAAGGUGCUUCAUUGUGUCAGUGAUGAGGCCACAUCACUCGCUUGGGUUACCCCUAUAUUCGAGUUCUAUUGUGUUGCUGGGCCCAACACCUCUCGGGCUGUUCUGACACAAGGGGCUAACAAGGUGAUGCAGUGGGCAAAACGCGAAGAGGAGCGACUCUUCAUCAUUGGCGGAGGGGUCUUCUGAGAUCAAGUUGUUCCCAACGUUACUACAAGCUCCAAGCUUUAUUUGCUAGAUAUAGCAAUACCAAGUUCUACUGUCAAAGGCUUCUCCCAGUGCCGCCAUGUUUACAGGAUGUAAAAGCAUGCCCUACAGGCAAGGCCCAACAUCUUUUCCCCAACAUAUCACUCCAUUUAUCGCGACUACUUGGCCCAAAUUCUUUCCCCGGCCAUUUGAGGGAUAUGGGGGAGAUUGGGGCUUGGAGGUCGUGCUGGACUCGCCUUAGCUCUUUGUUGGUGCCAUUUUAACUACAGUCGUCCGACGUUAGUUUCUUCGGCAGUAGUUUAUGCACCAUCCCGUCAAACUCACAGCCUCGACCCUGUGGCCAUACCAGCGUCCUGCUACUGCUUUUCCUGGAAGAUCCUAGACAUAUGUCAAAUUUUUUCUGAAUUUUCCAGUAUGCAUGACGACUCUGAGAAUGCCGCUCACACAACGCACCAUC